ACUCCAUCCCUUCACAUAGCGUUCAACUUCUGUUUUCUCUCUCCUCUCUUAUUUCCUUUCCUUUUUUUUUUCUUUCUUUUUUUUUGUCCUUUUUUUCCCCUUUUUUUUUCUUCUUCAUAGUUGAUUUCGAACCCUAAGCUAAAAAGGGGAAAGAGGGUCUUUUCUCGGGAAACAAAACAGAUAUUUUCUUCUCAUCGCCACAGUGAGAAAAAAGAUGCAGAAUCCGAGGCUGAAACAACAACAGCAACAACAAGCAAUGAUGCAGCAAGCUUUGAUGCAACAACACCACUCUCUCUAUCAUCCUAGUCUUAUGGCUCCUCCUCCUCCACCUCAGAUGGAGCCUCUGCCAAGUGGAAACCUUCCUCCAGGUUUUGAUCCCACUACUUGCCGUAGUGUGUAUGCUGGCAACAUCCAUACACAGGUCACUGAGGUUCUUCUUCAAGAGAUUUUUGCUAGCACCGGCCCUGUUGAGAGCUGUAAGCUUAUCAGAAAGGAUAAGUCAUCAUAUGGAUUUGUUCACUACUUUGACCGAAGAUCUGCUGGUUUGGCUAUUAUGUCUCUUAACGGAAGGCAUCUUUUUGGACAGCCUAUCAAAGUUAACUGGGCGUAUGCCACUGGUCAAAGGGAAGACACAUCAAGUCAUUUCAACAUUUUUGUUGGAGAUCUGAGUCCAGAGGUUACUGAUGCAGCUUUGUUUGAAAGCUUUUCUGGCUUUAACACUUGCUCGGAUGCAAGAGUAAUGUGGGACCAGAAAACUGGACGCUCAAGGGGCUUUGGGUUUGUUUCCUUCCGCAAUCAGCAGGAUGCUCAAAAUGCCAUAAACGAAAUGAAUGGUAAAUGGUUAAGUAGCAGACAAAUCAGAUGCAACUGGGCGACAAAAGGUGCUACUUUUGGGGAGGACAAACAUAGCUCUGAUGGAAAAAGUGUCGUUGAACUCACAAACGGCUCUUCAGAGGAUGGUAGAGAGAUCUCAAUCUCAAACGAAGAAGCUCCUGAAAACAAUCCUCAAUAUACCACUGUGUAUGUAGGAAACCUCGCUCCUGAAGUAACUCAGCUUGAUCUACACCGCCUGUUCCAUACACUUGGCGCUGGAGUGAUUGAAGAGGUCCGUGUCCAGUGUGACAAAGGUUUUGGUUUCGUGAGAUAUAACACUCAUGACGAGGCUGCUCUUGCUAUUCAGAUGGGCAACUCUCAGCCUUUCCUCUUUAAUAGACAGAUAAAGUGUUCAUGGGGAAACAAACCAACUCCGAUCGGCACAGCUUCUAACCCGCUUCCACCACCAGUGCCAGUGGCAGUCCCUGGUCUGCCUCCAAUGGACCUCUUAGCCUAUGAGAGGCAACUGGCUCUAGCCAAGAUGCAUCCUCAGGCUCAGCAUUCUCUAAGGCAUGUUAAUGCAGCUGGAGCAAGUGCAGCGGCUAUGUAUGAUGGUGGUUUUCAGAAUGUAGCUGCGGCGCAUCAGCAGCUCAUGUACUAUCAGUAA